ACCUAAAUAGACUCAGCGUUGUCUGGAAAGUGCGUUUUCACCGCUAAAACAUCACAAACGCGUCUCCAAACAUGGGAAACCCCAGAGUUUUCUUUGACAUUACUGUGGAUGGCGCCAACGCAGGCAGGAUUGUAAUGGAGCUGCGGGCUGAUGCGGUCCCAAAGACUGCUGAAAAUUUCCGUGCUUUGUGCACCGGAGAGAAAGGUUUCGGCUACAAGGGCUCCACGUUUCACCGCGUCAUACCUAAAUUCAUGUGCCAGGGCGGGGACUUUACCAACCACAAUGGAACUGGAGGCAAAUCCAUCUACGGAGAGAAGUUUCCUGACGAGAACUUCCAGUUGAAGCACGGAGGCAUGGGGACUCUGUCCAUGGCCAACGCCGGGCCCAACACCAACGGGUCCCAGUUCUUCAUCUGCACAGCUUCGACCGACUGGCUCAACGGGAAGCACGUGGUGUUUGGCAGCGUCGUGGAGGGCAUUGAUGUUGUCAAGGCGAUAGAGAAGCAAGGCACAAAGAGCGGCACUCCGAAAGCCAAGGUUGUCAUUGCCGACUGUGGUCAACUUUAAUAGUGCGACAAAGCUGCUGCAGUUCUCCUGUUAGAUGUAUCCUCUAUCAUGCACAUCCCAGUUCAUCUUUUAAAAUGGUGUCUAUCUGCAGUAUCAGUAGAAAAACACCCAGCGAACCUGCUCUCUCCUCUAAAAACGUUCGUCCACUGUGUUGAUAUCCAUCGUGUUGUAUUUUGUACCUUCUAAUCUGUCCUUUAUGGACCGCAUUUGUUAACAAAAUCUGAGUAAUAUGAUGGUGAUGGUGUAAAUAAAGCAACUUGAAAGCU